AUUACAAUUCGUAGGAUGGUGCAAUCUAUAGAAAAAAUUUUCAACAUUGUAAUACUUCUGGAUCUCGUACAAAAUAGCAUAAGAUUGGGUCUCUCAUCCUACGUUACUCUCGUGAGCAAGAAAUUAGCCGAGACGUAUUAUCACUGUAAUUGGGAAGAAAUGCCACGAAAUUGCAAAAGUUCGUUGUUAAUUUGCAUAAUUUGUUCGCAAUCGUAUCUCAGCUUGACCGCUGGCAAAUUUUAUACAUUUUCAUUAUAUGGUUUCACUGGUAUUGUAAAAACUUCGAUGGCCUAUUUAUCAAUGUUACGUACUAUCGUAUGACGUAAAAAAAAGAAAAAUAAUCUUUGGCAA